AUGGCCGCCACUGCCGAGGAGCCAGUUAUCCCCACCGAGCCGGAGGUUGAGGCGCCGGCUACCGAGGAGCCUGUCAAGGAAGAAGCUCCUGUGCCGGAGCCCAAAAAAACUGCCCCCGCCGACACUGCCACAAAGAAAGUCACCGCGUCGAGGAAGCGCAAGACGUCCACUCACCCUCCUUACUUCGAGAUGGUUAAGAACGCGAUCGAGACUCUGAAGGAGAGGACCGGAUCGAGCCAGUACGCGAUCACCAAGUUCAUCGAGGAGAAGCAAAAGAAUCUGCCGCCGAAUUUCAAGAAGCUCCUGCUCAUGCAGCUGAAGAAGUUAGUCGCCGCCGGGAAGAUCAACAAAGUCAAGAACUCGUACAAGCUCCCACCGGUCCGUGCUCCCAGAUCGGCUACUGCUGCCCCGGCCAAGAAGAAGCCGUCUCCCGCCGCUGCAAAGCCAAAGCCAAAGGCGAAGCCGAAAGCCGCUGCCAAAUCCAAGGCCGUCGCGAAGUCCAAGGCGAAGCCUAAAGCCGCCGCCGCCAAACCCAAGGCUGCUGCCGCCGCGAAACCUAAGACUGCUGCUGCCAAGCCCAAGCCGGCUGUGAAGGCUAAGCCAGCUGCCAAAGCUAAGCCGGCUGCUAAGACCAAGGCUGUAGCUCCUGCAAAGCCGAAGGCCGCCCCAAAACGUAAGGCUCCCGAAAGGGCAAAGGCUGAGAAGAAGCAGCCGGCCAAGGUGGCAAGGACCUCGACGAGAUCGACUCCCAGCAAGAAGGCUGCGGCGCCGCCACCCCCGAAGAAAGCUCCGGCGGCGAAGAAGGCGGCUGCGAAGAAGACUCCGGCCAAGAGCGCGAAGGCGAAGACUGUGAAAUCUCCGGCGAAGAAGGCCGCCGCGAGGAAGGGGAGGAAGUAG